AUCACAGUCCAAUAGCUUCUUGAAUAGAAAUGACCCGAAACAAGCAUUGUAUCAGAGCAGGCUUCAACAAUGUGGAAGAGAGCAGCUGCCAAAUCUAUACUACAGCCAUGGCGCAUGUUAGCAUCACGGCCGAUGGCGUCGAAGUCAAAGGCGAAUCUCCCCACGGCGGUCAACUCAAUGAUUCUGCGCUCACUGAAAGAACACUAUGUUGAAGUCUCCAAAAUGACCCCUCCUCCUAAAGUGAACCCUCCAUCACCAUUCACGGUUGUGAAAGGGUCUCUUGAAAAUUAUGGUCCUGUUUUGACAAGGACUUACGGGAACGAGGAAAUUAAUCUAUCCGUGAUGAGGUUAACAAACAUAAUUCCUGCCGGUGAGGAUGAUGAAGAGGAUGGAAUGAACCAGUUAUUUCUUCAUGUUGAUGUGUCUAAGCCAGGGCAGAGCAAGUCUUUGCUUUUCCUUUGUGGACUGUAUCCUGAUGCAGUAGGAAUUCACUCAAUUUCGAUGAGGGCCAAGAGCGAGGAUUCGGGUUUUGUCAUGGACCCAACCAAAUAUAAUGGACCUAGAUUCCAGGAUUUUGAUGAUAAGAUGAAGGAUGCCAUUCAUGGUUACAUUGAGGAGCGAGGCAUAACUGAAAGCCUCUUUCCAUUUCUUCAAGCUUGGCUUUAUGUGAAGGAUCACCGGAAACUGAUGGGAUGGUUCAGAUCAGUAGGUAGUUACAUUACUGAAAAGAAAGAAGCUUAGAUGCUCAGUUAUCUUUAUGUUUAAUAUGUCAAAUGAUCUCAAGUAUUCUGGAUAAGUAGGAUUAUAUGCUUAGUUUCCAUAUCUUUUAUAAGGGUGGUGUGUACGGAUGAUCCUAAUUUAUUUGUGGCCAUUAUUUUCAAGCCUUUUGAUGUUUUCACUUGUAAUUUUUAUGAAACUAGUCAAUAUUGCA